GCGGAAGUGCAGCUGAUCCAAACUCCAAACAGGAUCCGUGUGGAAGCUCCGCUCCGCCUCGAGUCAAACACAAACAAACUGUGGCUUUGGGACGAACAUCCGCGCGAAACCACGAUGGGAACUAGAGACGACGAGUACGAUUACCUCUUCAAAGUGGUCCUGAUCGGAGACUCUGGAGUGGGGAAGAGUAACCUGCUGUCUCGAUUCACCAGAAAUGAGUUUAACCUGGAGAGCAAGAGCACCAUCGGAGUAGAGUUCGCCACACGGAGCAUCCAGGUCGACGGGAAAACGGUCAAAGCACAGAUCUGGGACACGGCCGGACAGGAACGCUACAGAGCCAUCACCUCAGCUUACUACCGCGGGGCAGUGGGGGCGCUGCUGGUGUACGACAUUGCCAAACACUUGACGUAUGAGAACGUGGAGCGGUGGCUGAAGGAGCUGAGGGACCACGCGGACUCGAACAUCGUCAUCAUGCUGGUGGGGAACAAGAGCGACCUGCGCCACCUACGGGCAGUGCCCACAGACGAGGCCCGGGCAUUCGCAGAGAAAAACGGAUUAUCUUUCCUGGAGACGUCUGCGCUCGACUCCACCAACGUCGAGACGGCCUUCCAGACCAUCCUCACAGAGAUCUACCGCAUCGUGUCACAGAAACAGAUGUCGGAGCGUCAGGAGAGCGACAUGUCUCCGAGCAACAACGUGGUGAACAUCCAGGUACAGCCCACCGAGAACAAGCCAAAGAUGCAGUGCUGUCAAAACAUCUAGCCCCGCCGCACCCUCUCCCUUCGCCACGUGACCCCGCCCCCCUCGCCACGUGACCAAACCAUCUGCCCCUCCCGCUCUCCUCUGGUCUUCUAAACCCGACCACGAUCUCUCCUAAAGGCUCGUUUAUACUCCGCAUCCACUACGCAAACGGAUCGUAGCGUCUCGAAGUUAAGCAGCUGUUGUUUUCAGCAUGAAUUAAACUGACCGAUGUGAGCGAGAGUAGUACGCCGAAGCAAAUUAUGAGCUUUUGCGCCCUCUACUGGCAACCGAGAGCUUUCGAAUACACAGAAAAAGACUGAAUUUUAUUGUCAUUUUCAUACAUUUUAAAUCGUUGUGAAGUUACAAAACGAGAAAGGCCAAGGUGUCCAAAAGUAGUCUGAAAAGUGCAGCUUCCGUGCGCCCCCUAGUGGUCAUAUUACGCAAUUCUUGAAUGUGUAAAAAGCGGCGAUUUUUAACAUUUAUGGUUUCGAACUGACACGUCUGUUUGCGUCCAAAAUGCGAGCGUAACGAGCCUUUAGCGCCCCCUAACCCUCCCCUUGAAAACAGACUGCCUGAGGGGACCACGGCCGAGUCUCUGUCCCGCGCCCCCCGGUCUCGUAGGGGUCAGAGGUCACUUGGGCGCCCCCCCCGUGUCUGUACCAGGCGAUUGCAGGACAGUCCGUAUUUCAUUACUGUAGAGGCGCUGACUCUUAAGGUCUUAAAUAUGAAUGUGAUUUUUCUUCUCUUUUAGCCUGUAUUUAUCCUCCGUCUGUCUGUCCACUUUUUGAUCUAUUACUACUAUUCAGCCGUGGGGAAAGCGAGUGGAGAGAUUUGUAUGUUUUUUUUUGUUUUUUUUAAGUAUUAAAGAUGCAUUGUGUAACAUUUCUGGUCAACGUCAGCCACCCACUUCUUAUUUAUUUCUUGUACUUACUAAAUUACUGGUUUUAUAUUGCGCCAAAACACAGACAUUUUCUUCGAAUGGGCUCGCCUCUUCUCAGAUCUGACCUGUAACUUGCUUGUGACACCCUUUGUCUCCAUGGAGAUGUUAUUUCUUGCCUGAAAUGUUCCACAGUAUGCCAUUGAACCUAUAUAUCUUGAAUUUACUCAGUUUUUGGUGUUUAUACUGCACAAAAAUACCAAGAAAAACAGACUUACUUACUUUGAAUGGGCUUGCCUCUUCUCAGAUCUGACCUGUAACUUACAGGUGACAACUUAAAUCUCCAUGGAGAUGUUAUUUUUUUGCCUGAAAUGUUCCAUAGUAUGGCACUGAACAUAUAUAUCUUGUAUUUACGCAAUUGCUGUUGUUUAUAUUGUGCAAAAAUACCAUGAAAAACAGAUUUAUUUACUUUGAAUGGGCUUGCCUCUUCUCAGAUCUGACCUGUAACUUUCUGGUGAGAACUUGAGUCUCCAUGGAGAUGUUAUUUCUUGUCUGAAAUGUUCCACAGUAUGGCACUGAACCUAAAUAUCUUGAAUUUAUUGAAUUUCUGCUUUUAUAUUGCACAAAAAUACCAUGAAAAACAGAUUUAUUUACUUGGAAUGGGCUCGCCUCUUCUCAGAUCUGACCUGUAACUUGUUGGUGUCACCUUUUGUCUCCAUGGAGAUGUUAUGUCUUGCCUGAAAUGUUUCACAGUAUGGCAUUAAACCUAAAUAUCUUGAAUUUACUCAAUUACUGGUGUUUAUAUUGCACAAAAAUACCUUGAAAAGGAGACACUCUUACUGUGAUUGAGUGGGCUCACCUCUCCUUAGAUCUGAUCUGUAACUUCCCAGUGACACCCUUUGUCUCCAUGGACAUGUUACUUUGUGCCUGAAAUGUUCCACAGUAUGGCAUUAAACAUAUAUCUUGUAUUUACUCAAUAAUUGGGUUUAUCUUGUGCAAAAAUACAGACUUACUUUGAAUGGCCUAGCCUCUCCUUAGAUCUGAUCUGUAACUUCGCCGUACCAUGGAGAUGUUAUUUUUUUGCCUGAAAUGUCCCACAGUAUGGCAUUGAACCUAUUUAUCUUGAAUUUACCCUGUUACGGGUGCUUAUAUUGUGCAAAAUACCAUUAAAAAACAGACUGACUUACUUUGAACGGGCUCGUCUCUUCUCAGAUCUGACCUGUAACUUGCCGGUGCCACGUUUAGUCUCCAUGGAGAUUUAGGUUUAAAGUAUGUGUCUGUGCGAUGUGAUUGGAAUUGUAGUACAUAAAUGGUUAACUCAUAGGCAUAGAAUAUCACACAAGUAUUUAGCAAAUAUGGGAUAAUAAAAUUAUUCUGACAAAUGCAUCGAACAUUCCAGACAAAGAUUUAACAUCUCCAUGGAGACGAGCACGUGGCGAGCUCUUCUUCUACAGAAAUGUUACAUAGUGCAUCUUUAUGUUUUCGUGUAAUAAUGCUUACAGUUAUUUAUUGCCAACUUCAGAGUUACAACAUGGUUUAAAAUGUGAAUAAAUAAACAAAUCUAACUAUGGCUAUCGGGAUAUUUUCAUUUCUGUUCAUGAAAAUUGUAAAAAAGAACAAAAAUAUGAACAUUUGAGAAUAAUGUUUUAACUGGUUUGGUCUUUGGCCAAACUGAACUGAAAAUGUUUGGAGAAAUAUGAGACAAGCGUUUUAAAAAGAGAGGCUGCUGUGUCUGUUGCCAAGUGAAUUAAAUACGUCUUUAUGUUAAUUUGUAUUAAUUAUUUACUUAACAUUUUGUGUAGUGUUGUAAGAGGUUUUGACAUUUUAAAAGCCUCUUAUUUUUUUAUUUAAAUAUAUUUACUUUUCACUGUGUUGCUUCUUACGAAUAAAUUCAUCAGUGUCUUACCUUGCCUUACUUCUGUUUCUUAAAGCUGCACUGUGUAACUUUUUAGCCGGGGGACCGUCACCUGCUUGUUUCUACGGAUACGUCGUCGCUCUGCCUGGAAUGUUCCACAGUAUGACUUUAAACAGCUCUACUUUACAUUUAUUCAAUUACAGGUGGUUUUAAAGCUCAAAAAUACCUAGAAAAACAAGCAUUCUGACUGUGAUCAGGGUCGCCUCUCCACAGAUCUGACCUGUAACUUGGUCUGUUUUGGUUUCCAUGAAGAAAGAAAGGUUUAAUGCCAUACUGUGAAGCAUUCCAGACAAAAAAAAGUUACACAGUGCACCUUUUUAACUAAACUUUGUUGAAAUAUCUCCACUCGUUUUUUCCAUCCUUAAUCUGAAUCUUGUUGUAUUAUUGUAUCAUAUGUACUACUAUGUAUAUGGGAUUUUAACCACAUGGAAUCGAAUUGUACGCCCUAUAUUCACGCUUCUUCUGUAGCCUUUUUGACCCUCUCCCCGCACCGUAGCCCGUUCUGCCACUGUGCACGAUAACGAACACAAAGAAGCUUAAAGAUGCACUACCUUUUGCUUUUUUUUAUUAGUAAAAAUACGGAAUACGAUGAAGUAACUUAACUUUUAAUACUCAUUUUGGGCGAUUUUGGCAAGAAAACGAUCAUGAAAACACAUCGUGAAUUCAUAAAGGUAAUACUAGAGGAGUGUCUUGCCCAAGGACACAACAACAGCAUGUGGAAUUGGGCCGCAAACCUUCACUGUAGUUGCUGAAUUCCCCUUACCAUCAGUCAUGGAAUAAAUAACACAUUCAUGCAGCCGAAAUUAGUGUCUUGCCUAAAGAUACAACAACAGUAAGUAGGAACUGAACCUCAGAACCUUCACUGUAGUUUAUGAAUUUCCAAACCAUAACUCAUUAACAAUAAAAAACACAUUCACACAGACAAAAUUAGUGUUUUGCGCAAGAACACAACAACAGUAUGCAAUGAGUAGAGUGGGAAUAGAACUGCAAACCUUCACUAUAGUUGCUGAAUUCCUGCUACCAUCAGUCAUGUAAGUAAAUAACAUUCAUACAGCCAAAAACAUUGGAGUGUCUUGCCCAAGAACACAACAACAACAUGUGGGAAUUGGACCACAAACCUUCGCUGAAUUCCUGCUACCACAAAUCAAGUAAUAAAUAACACAUUCAUGCAGCUUAAAUUAGUGUCUUGCUCAAGAAUACAACAGUAUGAAGUGAGUAUAGUGGGAAUAGAACCGCAAACCUUCACUAUAGAUGCUGAAUUCCCUCUACCGUCAGUCAUGUAAUAAAUAACAUAACAAUAACAUCCCAAAUUAGUGUAUUGCCCAAGAAUACAAUAUUAUGCUGUUAGUAUAGUGGGAAUUGAACCGUAAACCUUUACUGUAGUUGCUGAAUUCCCACUACCAUCAAUCAUACAAGUACAUAACACAUUCACACAGCCUAAAUUAGUGUCUUGCUCAAGAACACAUCAAUGUACGCAGUGAGUAGAGUGGGAAUUGAACCUCAAACCUUCACUAUAAUUGCUGAAUUCCCCCAUCUAUCAUGUAAGUAAAUAACAUUUAUACAGCCAAAAUCAGUGGAGUGUCUUGCCCAAGAACACAUCAUUAGUAUGCAGUGAGUGUAGUGGGAAUUGAACCGCAGACCUUCACUGUAACUGCUGAAUGCCAUGAAAUAAAUUCAUGAAAUAAACAAUUCAUGAAAUAAACACAUUCAUACAUUCAAACUUAGUGGAGUGUCUUGCCAGAGGACACGACAACAGUAAGUGGGAAUUGAACCGCAAACCUUUAUUAUAGUUGCUGAAUUCCCAUUACCAUCAAUCAUGUAAUAAAUAACACAUUCAUCCCGCAAAAAAUUAGUGUCUUGCUCAAGAACACAACAUUAGUAUGCAAUGAGUAGAGUGGGAAUAGAACCUCAAACCUUUACUGUAGUUGCUAAAUUCCUGCUACCACCAAUCCUGUAACAAACAACACAUUCACGCCGCAAAAAUUAGUGUCUUGCCCAAGAACACAACAAUAUUAUGCAAUGAGUAGUGUGGGAAUUGAACCCCAAACCUUCACUGUAGUUGCUGAAUUCCCUCUGCUGUCAAUCAAUAACAAUAAAUAACACAUUCAUGACGCAAAAAUUAGUGUCUUGCCCAAGAACACAACAACAUUAUGCAAUGAGUAGAGAGGGAAUUGAACCGCAAACCAUCGCUCUAGUUCCUACAACUGUCAAAAUGAAAAAAACCAAAAAAACCUAAUCUGAAAAUUAAAUCUGAUAGAAAUUAAAUCACAAAUGUUAAAACUUUCGCAGUGGACUUUAAACGAUUCUUUUAUUACCCAACGAUUUUGAUAUUUUUUGCAAUAAUUUCGUAUAAAUUUCAGAACACAGUAGCAGAAGAGGGCUUUGUACUGUUUUUAAAAACCACUCGGACGUUCCGCGUGCUCGAGUCCUGCGUUGGCGUCUGUUUUAUGCUGUGAAUGCAACAAUGCGAAAGUGAAAGUGAAAGUAAAAGUCAUAUGCGCAUUUUUAGCAGCUUUUUGAGCAUGUUUUGAAAAGUCUGCCGCAUGUUUUGUUUUUUGUUUUUUUGAAGAGAGAAAACGAGAACGCUACUAUAUCUUAGAACUCGCUACCUUUCUAUUCAGUGCUAAGAAGGCAAAAAUAAAAAAAUUACGGAAUUGUAAACAUGUUCUCAAUGAGUUGAUGGACCAAGAAGUGACAUCGCACUUAAAGGUUGUAUGGAGGACUUUUUUUUUAGUUUCAAAUUGUCGCUGAAAGUUCAAAAUAGCAUUAUAGAGAGAAAAAAUUAAAUAAAUAAAAGAAUAAAAAUCCAUCAAUUGUGGGCCAGAUAAACAUUAAGUUGUCAAUCAAACUUCCGAUGUUUCUAGCGUAAAUAACUCGCCGGCGCGCUUCGAUUACGCGAUUUACGUUCACCAAGACGCCGUUUACUCGAUCAACGCAGGAAUUCCUAGCGGACUGUUCGAACUGUAGCUUCCUCGCAAUUUGCACAAAGUUUGUCGCGAUGGCGGACAAGAAUCGACGUCCAGUUCGCCGCAAAAGAAAGUCGGUUUUUGAGGUCGCUGAAAGAAGAAGAAAGAAAGGAGCGAAGCCAAACUACGGUGGUUCUUGGAGAUUCCUUCCAGCGAUGGCGCGACUGAAGCAGACGAAGAUUGGUCGCGUUGGUCGCUAAAUUACAUCUGGACAGGAAACUUCAACAGCGAUUCUGAACGCGCGGCGGCUGCGAACAAGCAUGAUUUCUAGUGUAAACGGCGGAUUACAGUUCGGUGCCGACUCGGCGCUCACUGCUGCUGUUGGUUUUGAUUUCUGGAUCUUCGUCGAAGUCUAGUCUUUCACCGCCAUAACACUAGGAGGCGAGGACUGCGUUUGUUGCGUUCGUGUUUUUAGAAAAUGAAGCGGGAAUGUGGAGUACCGGAAAUGUAUGUAGAGCGAAUUUAGAAAGGACCAAUCGUAGCCCUUAUUGUCUGCCUCGCUUCAGUGCGUAGUUAGAAAAUUUGGAGGUGCAUGUCGGCCUACGUAGACGCACCUCAACGGGGUUCAAGGCGAUGUAGACAAUUUGAUACACGACCAUAAAUUGGGCUUAAGGAGAAGGAGGAAGGAGGCGUUUCUACUUAAGGAACUGUGGAGGAAGGUGGUGGUAUCACGAAUGCACAACAUUUUAAUUUCUUUAAAGCCCUGCACUCCUGCGGGACCAGACACAUUUUGAAAGCUCAUUGUGUGCGCGUUCGGGUGGGUUGACAAACUACAGUCCCACAAACUAAAUAUGCGUGUAAAGUAAAAUAUACAAAUGAUGAAUGUAAGUCUAUCAUACAUCAUUUGUGCUGGAAUAUUUUAUUUGGCGUUAAUAAAAACAUUUGACGCUGCCUAAACUUGGGGACUUGGUCUAAUCUGCACGCACAUUUUAGACAAUUCCUUUCCGCUUCUUUGUGUUUGAUA